UUGUCGCGAUAUCUUUUGGAAUAUGCUUCUCUUUGUUUGUGGCUGCAUUUAUCCUGAUUAUGCAAUUCCAGAACGAGAUGAAACAUAUGAGAAAAAAAAUGGACAAAAUGAGUCAGAUUGAUUCAUCUCUCGUCAGCAAUAUAAGCGGCACUCAAAAAGAACAACUAGAAACUUUCAAAAAGUUGACAACACAGUUGAAUUCUUCUCUUGCGAAGAUUUCGAAUGAAACACAAGAGACUUCUUCAAGUAUAAAAAAUCAGUUGAAAAAUAUGAAGAAUGAAGUGAGCCAACUUGACUCCAAAAUAUUCAUCGGAGAUAACAAAUUGAAAGCAAGCAUGACUGAAGCAAAUUCGAGGAUGAACAGAAUGUUUUCAAUAUCUGGGUGGUUCAGAGCAAGCAAUAAUCUCAUAUACAAACGCUUUACUGAUUCUGUCAACUACGCUACUGCAAAGGCUCAAUGUGAAGGAAUGGGAGCUCGUUUGGUAUCGACUGGAAUUAGGAACAACCUAGUGAAAAAGGAAAUAUUCUCGAAACACUACUUAACCGGAGCGAAUGCAUGGAUAGGAUUGGACGACAUAAAUAAUGAAGGAAUUUGGGUUUGGUCGGAUGGAAUAAAUAAUUCACCAAGCGCGAUAUGGGCACCAGGGGAACCAACCGGAGGUUUAAACGAAGACUGCGCGAUCAUGAUAUUGCAGAAUUCCAAACUUGUUGUUUACGAUGGUGGCUGUACUGGUUCCUAUCGAUUUGUUUGCGAAAAAGACUUUGCAUGAUAUUUCUAAAAUUUCAUUUUCCUUAAUUUGAGUUUUUUGAUAAUCUAGUCAAAUCAGUUCAAAUUAAUCAUUUAAGAAACGUAAGCG